AUGGAUUCCAUCACAGCAGAAAAUAUUUCCAGUGGUAUGACUACCUGGAAGCUUGGAAUCAAUCAGUCUUUUUCACACAACACAUCAGAAAACAGCAGCAGCUCUACCUGCAUUAUUUUGGAUGCAUGGGAUUGGUUAUAUACAUUUCAGCCUAUGUUCCUCUGGGUCAUUUUUGUCCUGGGAGUGAUAGAGAAUGGCUUUGUCCUCAGCGUUUUGUGUUUCCACAAGAGUCGCUGCACGGUGGCUGAAAUUUACCUGGCAAACCUGGCAGUUGCCGACUUGAUGUUAGUUUGCGGUUUACCUUUCUGGGCCAUUAAUAUCGCUAAUCAGUUUAAGUGGCCUUUUGGCACUUUCCUUUGCAAGGUUGUCAAUGCAAUCAUUUACAUGAACUUAUAUUCUAGCAUUUAUUUUUUGAUGAUGGUGAGCAUCGAUCGCUACCUGGCCCUGGUGAAAACCAUGUCUCUUGGACGUAUGCGACGAGGUACAUGUGCCAAAUGGAACUGCCUUAUCAUCUGGGUGUCUGCAUUGCUCGUAUGUUCUCCUGUUCUAGUGUUCAGGUCUGUCAGUUAUGUGGAAGAAGUCAAGGGCAGAGCCUGCAUUCUUCAGUAUCCAUCCACACACUGGACAAUUGCAACACACAUUUUGCUGAAUACUGUGGGCUUUUUGAUCCCACUCUGUGUAAUUACCUAUUGUACUAUUCAAAUAAUCAAAGCCUUACGAGACAACAAAAUACAAAGACUCACAGAAAUCCAGACUGAGAAGAGAGCCACCAUCUUGGUCCUUGCUGUCCUUUUGCUGUUUAUCAUUUGCUGGCUUCCUUUCCAGAUCACCACAUUCAUUGACAUACUAAUUCAGGUAGGCAUCAUUUCUGACUGCAUUACUAAAGAUGUCAGUGAAUUGGUGACCCAGGUAGCUACAUACUGUGCUUAUAGCAACAGCUGCCUUAACCCAGUAUUGUAUGUCAUUGUAGGCAAGCAUUUCAGAAAGAAAUCCAGGGAACUCUACAAAUGCUGCCUGCCUAGGAUAUGCAACAAAUCAGAGUCCAUCCAGAUGGAGAAUUCUUUGGAUACUCUGAGAACGUCCAUUUCGAUUGAAUGCCCAAAGAAAAAGUCUGCUUCUUCAUUAGCACGAUAG